AUGAAGCUACGCCAUCUCGGUCUUGUUUGCGCUUGCGUCCGCCUUAUCUCUGGCCACUGCCUCGAGAAACCAGCACCUCUACCACUCGCCACGCGGAUUGUUACCCAGUUUCCCAAUCCGACAUGGAUAGAAAACAUCGCUGUCCGGUCGAAUGGUGACCUCCUCAUUACCGAGCUCCUUCCGAAACCCAUUCUCUACACCAUCGAAAAUCCUGCCAGCUCGGCUCCACAGGUCCGCCUACUCCGUGACUUUUUUGCCGAAGAACCCCCUGUAGAAGGCUUGACAGGCAUCGCCGAAGCAUCGCAUGACGUGUUCGUUUUUGUCGGUGGCAGCACGACAAAUCUUUCAUUCCAUGCUUGGAGCGUCAACUUCACUUCCGCAGCCUACAAUCCCUCAACAACUACCGGUCCUAUUAUCAAGAAGAUUGCCGAGCUCAAAGAUGUCAAGCUUCCUAACGGCGUUGCCACCCUUCCCGGCUCCCCGUCAUCCGUGUUGAUUGCAGACUCUUUGGCCGGUCUGGCCUGGCGCCUGGACAUUCUGACAGGAAAGUCCAUCGUCGCUGCACAGACUCUCGAGAUGGGGGCUCCCUCAAACGAGACGGACCCCAGCAAGAGAGUUGGCAUCAACGGCAUCAAAGUGCAUGGUGGAUUUCUGUACUUCAGCAACAGCAACUCAAGAUCCAUCUACAGGGUCAAGAUCAGGAAAGACGGCACACGAGACCCCAGCGCCCAUGCGCAGCUAGUUGGCCGCUUACCGGAGAACGUGUCGUUCCUGGAUGAUUUUGCAGUUACCAGUCAUGGUGGAAAAGGGGCAACUGUAUUUGGGACAACCUCUUCUGACAAUCGGCUGUGGGCAUUUGUGCAGGGGAAGAGUCCGGUGGUUGUUGCCGGCGAACUGGACCAGUUGACAUUGGCGGGCUCGACAGCAGCCUCGUUCGGGAGAGGGAAACGUGAUAGAGACAUCCUGUAUGUAGUCACAUCGGGAGGGGUGGGGAAGCCAUUGAAUGGAAGUCUGACAGAAGGGGGAAAGGUCGCGGCGGUAGACUUGAGGACCUUUUGUCCACCCAUUAUGAUCGGGUAG